AUGUCAAUACAAAGUAUUUAUGAUACACCUAUUCUGAAUUUUUUGCAACCAUUCCAUCAAAUAGAUACUACUGUAUGGUCAUUAAACCAGUCUAAUAUACAAGAAUCUCUUGAAAAGCUUAAUAAACUCCAAGAAUACAAAAAUUACAUCAAACUUACAUUAGAAAACGCUUUUUUCAACAGAAUAUUCUUCAAAUUUAGAUUAAGAUCGAUGUUUCAUUCGAUGCGAGAGCUAUUCAAGAUCAAUAUCCAAACAAAUUCUCAAGCUGAUGCUUUUACUGAUAUUUUCAUCGAUGACGAUAUCGAACAAUACAAAAAUACGAAUAGCAUAGCAGAUAACCACAUAAACAGAGCCGCUGAAGCAGGUGCUGUCAAUAUUUUUACUUUUUUAAAACUUAAUCAGCUUCCAAUUACGAAAGAAACAGCAAACUCUGCUGUGAAAGGUGGCAACAUUGAUAUUGUCACCACUAUCUUUCAUUAUAAUCAAUCAUUACUCGAAAAUACGCAUCAUAAUGCAAUCAUCACGCAUCAUAACGAUAUUCUUGAAUUUUUAUUCAAAGUAUACAACUGGACGUACAAUACCGAUCCAGAUUUUCUUUUAUUGUCCUCAAAUAUCGAAAUUUUUAAUUAUUUCAUUUAUAUCGAAAAAGACAUGCGAAAAGAGAUCAAAAACUGCUUCAGAUUUGCAGAAACAAUCAAAUGCGAUCAGUUCCUCUACUUUUUACAAGAAUAUCAAAGAAAUGAUCCAAAUUUUUUUUGGGAUCAAGUCAAAUUUCAAACAGAAUUCAAACCAAUUGAAAUUACGAACAGUUCUCAAAAUUCUGAAGAUUUUUCGAAAAAUAAUUUUUCUCAAAAUGAAAAUUCCCAAGAACAGACUUAUCUAACGUCCAGAUCAUCAUCUCAAGAUAGUAGAUGCGGAUACAGUCAAUCACAAGGUGAAAAAAUCACUGCUCCUACUGUAAAUAUAAAUAUCAAAAAUAAUAUCCCGAAAAACACGACGCCUCUAGCGGAAGUAAGGAGUACAUCUAUAGAUAACAUCAAGAACAUCACUGCCAGCCCUCAGCAGCCCCAUAAAAAGACGAUGUAUAAAAUUUGGACGGAAUUAAUCGACAGCGAGAAUGUUUCGUACACUCAUACCCAUUGCAAAGACAUUCUCGACAUAUAUAAGAGGAAUGGAGGCGUAAUGGAAGUGAAUUCGAAGAACAGACCGUACUGGAAAAUAAAUAUUCGGAAUUACUUAACAGUAAAGAGCGCUUUGACCAGCGCAUACAAUACUUUCACUGCUGUAUUAGACGGAAUACCCGAUUUCGUGAUCAAAGCCUUAAGUAAUUUCAGACCCACAAAAAUACCAAUGAAUUUGUUUCAAAAUCUGCCUAAACGACUCUCAGAGAAGCUUCUACCGCAUCAAAAAGAGUCAAUACAGUAUGUUGCAUCCCGAAAUUAUCGAGCAUUGAUAGCAGAUGAAAUGGGAUUAGGCAAAACUCUUCAAGCAGUUGCAAUUGCGAGCUUAUUCGGGUUCCCGAGUAAAAGGAUUCUUGUCAUGUGUCCAAUCAACCUCGUAGAAGCCUGGACAGACACCUUUUCCGAGUGGACAAAUAUUUCCCCUUCAAGAAUCAAUAUCAUGACAAAAAGUGCCAACUUCCCCGAUAAUCCACUUACGAUAGCGACAUAUCCUGUUGUACAGAAAUCAGAUGGAAUAUUCCAAAACAGGAAUUUCGAUAUGGUAAUUGCAGACGAAUGCCACGAAUUCUCAAAUCAAGGCACAAAAUUACACAAACAAGUGACGCCAUUGAUAUCACAAGCCAAGGCAGCACUUCUUCUCAGUGGUACACCAUCGAUGAACCGUCCAUCGGAGCUGUUUACCGCAUUAAAUUUGCUUCGACCGGAUGUCUUUCGUAGUUUCUACGAAUACUCAGAGAGAUAUUGUCACGGAGGCUACAACGAAGCUGGUAAUUAUCAGGCGAAUGGUUCUUCCCAUACUGAUGAGUUGAAAAUUUUGAUGGAGACUUUGCUGAUGAUAAGAAGGCAAAAAGAAGAUGUUCUUUCGGAUCUUCCACCUAAGAAUAGGGAACAUAUCAUGCUUUUGUACACUCCGAGCAAUAAAAUGACAGAAAUGGUCGAAUUAAUCAGAAAACAGAAGAUCGGUAUCAAAAAAGGACUCCAAACAUUUAGGUCCGCGCAGAGAGGCUUAGUUUGGGAGUGCUUCACCCUGACAUCCGAAGAGAAAGUCGAGCCAGUCCUUCAUUGGAUGACUUCCCAAAAAUUUAGGGAUAUUUUGUUUUGUCAAAACCGAAAAAUUUUAUUUUUCGCACAUCACACUGUAAUGUUGAAGGGGAUUUCGGAGUGGCUCACGUUUAGAAACAUUGACCACAUACUAAUUAAUGGAGAAACAUCGAUGAAAAAUCGAAAAAUUUUGUUGGAUAAAUUCAAAAGCGAACCUGAAUGCAAAAUUGCUGUUCUAGGUAUAGAAACUAUAUCUGCUGGUGUUACUCUAGUUGAAGCUUCCGUUGUUGUGUUUGCUGAGCUGAUGUACGUCCCAGCAACUCAUUUGCAAGCAGAAGACAGAGUCCACAGAAUUGGACAGACACAACCAGUCGAUAUCUACUACUUGCACGCUCCUGGAAGUGUCGAUGACAGGGUCUGGGAGAUACUGGAAAGGAAGUUGGAGGUGCUCGGAUCUGUCAUCACUUCGAAUACUCUAUCUUUGAAAUCAUAA